UCAAGACAACCAUUCUUGGUUGCAGCUUUCGCUGUGCAAUCACGCCAACUUCAUGGUUUGUCAGGCUCGAUUUCUAUGCCUUUUGGUGUUUUAUGUUGCCGUGACACUGUUUUGCAGUUGGUUUCGGCAAGCGCCAACGAAUUUCAUCGAGCCCGUGAAUUGCCCCCAAAACCGGUUUCUUGGUGCGCCGCGCCUUCUCACGAAUGGAAACGUUGACAGCCUGACAAGAACAGGCAGGACCAAACCGGCGUUGGUUGCUGUGGCCGGAAGUUGUGCCCUUGCAGCUGCCUUGAUUGGGCCCGCAAGGCGGGGCUACAGCUUUCGAACCCUCCGCGGCAACAGUCGAAUUCUGUGCGCAGCGAGUGGAAGUGAUGUUGGUGUUGUUUUGCUUUCAGCUGGUGUUGGGAAGCGGAUGGGUGCCAGCAUUCCAAAACAGUAUAUCAAACUGUUGGGAUUGGAAAUUGCGUUGCACUCCUUGAGCACCUUUUUAGAGUGCGAUGUUGCCGAGAUUGUGAUAGUUUGUGCAGAAGAAUGGCAACAUAUUUUUAAAGAUCAUUUGGAAAAACACGGGCCUCCGAAUUGUGAGCUCAAAUUUACAUGCGGAGGAAAGGAACGCCAAGAUUCGGUGAAGAAUGGUUUAGACAAGAUCACAGUUCCCAUAGUUGCAAUUCAUGAUGCCGCACGGCCAUUGGUUACACAAGCAGAAUUUGAGAAAGUUGUUUCAGAUGCUCGAGAAUAUGGUGCAGCACUAUUGGCAGUUCCAACGAAGGCCACGAUCAAACAGGCGAUGGGUGCUGAUGAGGCAUUUGUAGCCAGCACUCCCACGAGGAAACUGUUGUGGGAAGCACAUACUCCACAGGUCAUCCGCAGUGAGCUGCUUCGAAAAGGCUUUGAAAAGGCACAACAAGAUGGAUCUGAAGUGACAGAUGAUGUCUCGUUGAUCGAGCUCCUUGGCGAACAGGUGAAGUUGACUGAAGGAGAGUAUACAAACAUCAAAGUGACAACGCCCGAAGAUAUUGCAGUGGCAGAGACGAUCCUGAAGCAGCGUGGCUUCACGCCACCAGAAUGACUGUUUCACAAUUUGAACAACUCACCGGAAUGACAAGCAUUGUUUUCGAGUGUUUUCGGCCAUGCUC